AACGUCACAGGCAGGACCCCGUGGCAGGGCAGAUAAUUCAAAAAUUCAAAACAAAUUCCGGACUGUUUGCUACGCUGUCAUGGUAGUGUUUGCUUUGGCGUUGCAGCCGAAUUCAAAGUGAGGUUGUUGUUGUUGUUCUUUUUCCUGAUGUAAUGGAGGUCAAAGAAAAUUACGGAGUUGGUUCAAAUGUAAAAUCGGUAGAAAUCCCGAAGCCGCCUUCGAUCGACGAUUUUAGCAUUUUGAAACCCAUCAGCCGCGGCGCCUUUGGAAAGGUCUAUCUUGCUCGAAAGAAGUGCAAUGCGCGUCUAUACGCCAUUAAGGUGAUGAAGAAGGGAGACAUGAUGGAUAAAAACAUGGCGAGCCAGAUGAAGGCAGAGAGAGAUGCCCUCGCUCUGAGCAAAAGUCCCUUCGUGGUUCACUUGUUUUACUCCCUCCAGACUGCAGCCAAAAUCUACCUGGUGAUGGAAUACCUCAUCGGUGGCGACGUGAAGUCUCUCCUUCAUUGUUACGGGUACUUUGAGGAGGACAUGGCCGUAAAGUACAUCUCUGAGGUUGCUCUGGCUCUGGACUACCUCCACCGUCACGGCAUAAUCCACAGGGACCUGAAGCCAGACAACAUGCUCAUAUCCGACGAAGGCCACAUCAAGCUGACAGACUUUGGCCUUUCCAAAGUCAAGCUUGACAGAGAGCUGAGCCUUAUGGAUAUCCUCAUGACUCCAUCGCUGGCCAAGCCGAAAAAAGACUUCUUCCGCACGCCGGGCCAAGUUCUCUCCUUGAUCAGCUCUUUUGGAUACAACACGGCCGCAGGAGAGUCUAAGCGGCACAGCAGCGCCUCCGCCGUCUCCAGCCCCAUGUCCUGCUGCAAAGUCAAGCAGAAGAAGAACUCGCUCGGCUCACCGCUGCUGAACGGCUCAGAGCAGUCGUUUUCUCCCGGUGGCAACCUUUGUAAACAGAAACCCGUGAUUAGUCCUCAUAAAGUGGCCAAAAACCUGACUCCCAUGUUGCUGAGGACCAGGAAGCGGUUUGAGACGAUGAGCGCAGGAAGCAUCACCGACCCAGAGCCUGAGGUCAGCCCCAUGUGGGAGUGCGAGGAGAAAGAAAACGAGCAUGUCAACGAGCAGAGGUCCAGAGGGCAACCUGGGAGUAAAGGCCCCCAACAGGCCGUUGGGGAUCCGGCCAAAGGUUCCCGUGACCUGCUCAAAAGCUCCAAUCACCACCAGCUUCUGGGUGAAAGGCCUCCCAGCGUGAAGCCUCCACCUUUCUCCUCAGCUCAGCCUUACGCCCGUCUGUCAGAGAGAGGUGACUGCCAGCCAGCAGGUCGCUCAGCGGUGAAGAGGACAUUUUCAGACAUCGAUACGAGUCCAGAGCUGCUGGAGACCAGAGCCAAGAGGACCAACGCAGGCUGCCAGAGACUCCUGGCGACCGCCGAGGGUCACACGGGUCUGACCGGCACCUUCUCCGGCAUCCAGCUCGCCACUGCAGGGAGCCUGCCGGCUCCGCGGCGCUCCAGUCCCAUCCCUGCCGCCGUGGCCAAAAGCCUUCUGAGCGAGCUGGAGGAGCCGGCGGAGGACGUGUUUGACGACGGCGCCAAAGACCUGUCCCACCUGGGCUUCACGUCGCCGCUCCCUGGGAACGCCGACGUCUGCAGGAGCCUGAGCCUGGACUCGGACGGGUCCGCGCACGAAACCUCUCUCACCACCGACUGCACCGGUGCGCUGCGGGCGACCGAGCCCGCAGGAAGCAGGGAUGCAGCGGCGUUAGAGGAAGACGAGCAGAGCACUAAGGCGCUGAUGCAGACCCCCGGCGUCGGCGCGGCCACGCCCGAACCCGAGCAGGGCGGUGAGUCCAGGAGGUCCCCGCGGGACGUCACCUGCGGCGCCCCGCGGUCUCCUUCCUUCCUCAGGCCACAAAACGUCUUCUUCCGCAGCUACUGCAGCUCCAUCAACCGCUCCAACGUCUCCGGGGCUUCGAGGCUCAGCAUGGGCUCCGUGGAGGCCAUGGACGUGUCGGCCGUGGCCUCCUUUAACUCUGCCAGCGGCACGGCCACGCCUGUGCAGAGCAGGAGACGCUCCGACAAUUCCUCCUAUCAGACUCCUCGGCCCCUGUCGACCUCCCACACCCCCUACAGGACUCCAAAGAGCGUCCGAAGGGGCGCGCCGCCCGUUGAGGAGGCGCCAAUCUUGGGAACCCCGGAUUAUUUGGCUCCGGAGCUGCUCCUCAGAAAACCCCACGACUGCAUGGUGGACUGGUGGGCGCUCGGCGUGUGUCUGUUCGAGUUCCUGACGGGGGUGCCGCCUUUCAACGACGAGACGCCUCAGCUGGUUUUCCAGAAUAUUCUCAACAGGGACAUCCCCUGGCCUGACGAAGAGGAGGAACUGUCUGCAAACUCAAGGAACGCCAUUGAGAUCCUGCUCACCAUGGACAUGACGAAGCGUGCUGGCCUGAGGGAACUGAAGCGCCACCCGCUGUUUGACGGUCUGGACUGGGACAACCUGCAGAACCAGCCGAUGCCUUUCAUCCCUCAGCCGGAGGACGAAACCGACACCUCGUACUUUGAGGCGAGAAACAACGCUCAGCACAUCGCCGUGUCCGGCUUCAGUCUGUAGCGUCGGGCCUGGAGCUUUGUUUUAUUCCUGCUAAGCGCUGCUGAUUUUAAAAACAUAGCAGUUGGUAAAAUCUGAAUCACAGAAAUAAGUGAUUCUGAUUGGUUGUCUUGUUCACUGGUUCUUUUAAAAAAAAAAUACACUUUUACUCAUGUGCAAUCCCUGUUCAUAGGAGCUGGUUAUUAUUCUAUGCUGUGUAAAGUAUUUUAAAACUUGGUUAUGGUCUUAAGUUAUGUUCUUCUCUUGUUAACUUUAACAUAUGCAGCUUUUUGUGUGGAGUUUGUGUGCAAAUGUGUUAUCUUCUACCGCCCUGUUUUUUCCUUUAUGAUGCUCACCAGGGCAGGCCCCCGUCUCCAGGCUACAAUAAUACUGUGGAAGAAAAACCCAUUGAUAUAUUCGUAAAUACUGUCUUAAUGUGUACAUUUUGUUGAUUGUUUAUUCUGAUUGUUUUAAAGCAAAAAGAGGGGCUUUGAAUUUUGGAAUGUAAUUUCCUGUUUUUAUGUCUUUUGUUUGUAGUUCUGUUCCCCGCACUACUGGUUCACCCUGAACACCGUUUCAUAAGCUUUGCUUUUAUGUGAGAAGGGACAAUUUAAAUAAAAUGUGUUUUCUAAAUGAUGCGCCUUGUACAUUUGCCCCCUCAAACAACUAAUUUCAAUAAACUCUUAAUUCUUUAA